AUGGGCCAGACAGAAUCUGACUGCGAAUGGGGAUCCGGAUACCCAAGAUGCAAUGCCAUGCGCUACCUGUCCAUGCCAACUCACUCUGCGCUGCGAUGUGUUGUAAACUGCGGACUGCGGACUGCGUACUGCACAUGGCGCUUGGCCAAUGCAAGAUUCGUUCGCGCGCCCGUCUCGGGCAUUUCUGUGAGGACAGACUGGACAGGACGGGACGUCCGUUUUGGCACCAAAGAGGUCGUGGAGGUGUCGAAGAGUAGCAAGGCUAGAGCUUCUCGCAUCCCCAUGGUCAUCCCGUCUCAUCCUGUUUCUUUCUCUCUCUCUCUCAUCUCAUCCAAUUCACCAUCUCAUCCCUCCCUACGCAGUAUUCACAAGUACCAACAGCUUCCUCAUCACACCUUUUUCUCUCAACUUACAUUGUCUUUGGCUACAUUUGCGUUUGAUACAUUCUGGUGCUCUUCAGAUCUCGCCCUCGGAACCCGUGAUAUAAGCUAUAGGUUCAGCCAGCAGACCGGGAUUCCUAUUGACUGCCGCCGCAAAGUCUGGCCAUGCCGCGGCCUUGUCAGAAGACUAGUUGUCCACGACCCGUCUGGACGCCAUGCCUGGACGCCAUGGACUCUCGACUUAGUCUUCUUGGCCGUCUUCUGGCCGAGAGCCGCAGGUCACUCGCUUGUACCCGAUGCCGCCAAGAAGGACCUCGCCCUCUCGGUUGGCCACCCUCACUUUGCCUGCCUGCGUUUCUUUUCUCAGAACGUCCGUGGUAUUCAUCUCCCGUACCCGCGCGCCGUCUUGCUUGUACUUCCUCUUCCGAUCCUGAGCCGCUACGGUUCUUGCCAUCCCAGUUAG